AUGGACGCGUGGAGUGCCAUUUCUUCGGUCGACGAGUUGAAGUCUCUGUUGGACGGUGAGGCCAAGGACUCCUCGGCAUCAAAGGAGGCGGAAUCAUCACGUCCGGAAGUCGCUGUUGCCGAUGCCGAGGCGGCUCUAGAAGCUGCGGACACUUCGGCCACGGUUGCUGCUGAGGCUGCUCCGGCCGACGAUGCCACCACCGCGGUGUCAGCUGAGGAAGAGGCCCGUAUCCGGAAGCGCGAGAAGAAGCGACAGUACAUGCAGCGCAAGCGGAUGAAAAUCGAGUCUGGUAAAUGGGUGGAGUCAGCAGUAGGUGUGAGUGGUGGCGUUAAAGAACCGCAUCAGCGAAACUUGAGCGUGUACGUUUCCAACCUUCCCGACGACACGACUGCGGCGGAGGUGGCUCAAGUCUUCAGGCGCGCCGGCGUCAUCAAGAUCGACCCCCUGACCACGCUGCCGAAAAUAAAGCUUUACACUGACGACGCGGGAAGGUUCAAAAACGACGCCCGCGUUACCUUCGUGAACAAAGAGUCGGUGGACUUUGCCAUACGGUACCUGGACAAUUACCACUUUCGGGAGGACUGCGUUAUUCACGUGGAGGCAGCCCGCUACGAUCCGCAGAAGUACAGCGCUAAGUCGACGGUCCCUCUCAGUGCCGAGGAAAUGCGCAAGCGCUACCUCGCAGCCAAGUACGAGCAAGAAAGAUUGCAAAGUUGGACGGAGGACAUCGACGACGGAAGCGGUCGCAGGAUCGUGAUCUGCAAACCGAUGUUCUCUCAAGAAGAUGCAUGGGAACAUGAGGCGGGGAGCAAGUUUUAUGACGACCUGCGCGAGGAGGUCGCCGCGGAGGUCACCAAAUUCGUCCCGUUCGACAAGAUCACGCCAAUUCCAAGGCACCCACAGGGGGUGGUAUGCGUGAAACUUAAGAACUCUGCGGACGCUGAAAUUUUCAUUUCGAAGUUUCAAGAUCGUGUUUUUGAUGGCCAGCGGCUGCAGGUGUACUUCUUCGACGGCAAGACCGACCUGCAGGCCCAGGCCCUCCCCAGCAAAACGGCUGCCGAAAACUUCUUCGCCGCCGUGAAAUCCGCUCCUCCCAGCUACGACUCCGUUGCUUGCGAUUGGAUCGACGAUCAGAGCAGCGACGAGGAGUUUGAAGUACAAACCGAGUAA